UGUUAGGCACCACACAGAAAAUCCGAAACGAAGCGGUUAAUGUGCGUGAGGGCGAGAGAGAGAGAUAGAGGACUUUUAAAUUGACGACGGAGAAUUUUUUUUCCUGCGCUCACUCGUUGUUUUCUCUCUCCGAAAUUUCGCCGGGUUUUUUGCUCCGCCGCCGCAGCUAUUCGCCGGCAUAUAUCGUCCACUUGACAUCUGGUGGUAACUCUUGUUUUUGCUCCGGCGAAGUUUCCGAUCCCUAGAGUUUGGUCUGUUUUGCUGUUCUCUUCGUUUCAGUUUCCGAUAAUCUGAGAAAGAGUUGUACAAGAUGAUUGGAUCUUUUCUUACGAGAGGACUGGUGAUGGUUUUUGGAUACGCAUAUCCUGCUUAUGAAUGCUACAAGACUGUUGAAAAGAAUAAGCCUGAGAUUGAGCAACUUCGCUUUUGGUGUCAAUACUGGAUAUUGGUUGCUUGCUUGACAGUUUUUGAGAGAGUUGGUGAUGCUUUUGUUUCAUGGGUUCCAAUGUACAGUGAAGCUAAGUUGGCAUUCUUUAUAUACCUGUGGUAUCCUAAAACCAGGGGCACUACCUAUGUCUAUGAUUCCUUCUUUAGACCGUAUGUUGCAAAGCAUGAGAAUGAAAUAGAUCGUAACUUGCUGGAGCUUAAGACAAGGGCUGGCGAUAUGGUUGUUAUAUACUGGCAAAGAGUUGCAAGUUAUGUGUCGACCAGGAUCUUUGAGAUUUUACAGUAUGUUGCCGCACAAUCAACUCCAAGGCCACAACCACCUCAGAAACAAGGCCUGGGGGCUAAGCAAAAUAAAGCGCUACAAUCAACGUCCAAAGAGCCACAACUACCGGUAUCUAGCUCGUCAAGUGAAUCCGAAGAUGACGAGGUCGCCAAAAAGGCACGUCUACCGAAACCCGAGACUUCAACCUCUGAACCAGCAUCGGAUUCCCAAGACACCCAAACCAUCCAAAAAUCAAUCUCUGCCCCCAUUCCGAAUCCAACCCAAUCGAUUCCUCCAACCAAAGCUGAACCAGUGCGGAUCGAAAAAUCCGUGGAAUCUCCAUCCGAACAGAAGGAUAAUGAAAACUCAAACUCGACGCCUCCGAAGGAGACGAUCAUGAAGGAAACGAUUAGAGUCACUCGUGGGAGACUGAGGAAGACGCAUUCGGCGGAGAGCCGCUAAAGCAAAAAGGUAAGCGAAAGCUUUUUUCUCAGUUCUUUCAUUGACUGUUUCUUUUCUUGUUUCUUUUCCCUGAAUGCUUAUGCAUUUAGAAUCACAGUAAAUAAAUUGGAUUUAGUCUUUCGACGUUGAUC